AUGCUUCGAUCCCUGAUCCGCCUGAGUGUGCCCGGCAGGACAGUUCCCAGAGCAUGCCAGUUCGUUGCUAGAGGUGUUGCGCUUUCAGGGCCCGCUCCUGUCCGCUCACAGCUCGGUCUUACCAACGUUCGGUAUUAUAGCAACAAGGCUGAUGGUGCCCGUGCGCAGACCGCCAGUGCUGCCGGCGCCCUGAACUGGAGGACCUUGGCUGUCUUCACUGCCACCGGAGCAGGGUUGCUUUACUACUUUCGCGAGGAGAAGAAGCGCGUUGAGGCCGCCCGAGCUGAGGAGGCGCGUCUUGCUAGAGAAAACACAACGUACGGAAAGCCCAAGAUCGGUGGUCCCUUCUCCUUGAUCGACCAGAACGGUGUCCGCACUACGAACGAGGACUUUAAAGGACGUUAUAUGCUCAUCUACUUCGGGUUCACCAACUGUCCGGAUAUUUGUCCAGAGGAAUUGGACAAGAUGGCUGAGGUCCUAGAUACCGUCUAUGAUGAUCCUGAGGUGGGUAAUGUGAUUACUCCCAUCUUCAUUACAUGUGAUCCUCAGCGCGACACCGUCCCCGAGGUCAAGGAAUAUGUCAAAGACUUCCACAAGAACCUGGUUGGACUGACUGGGUCGAUGGAUGAGAUCGCCAAGGUCGCGAAGGCAUACCGCGUCUACUUCUCGAAACCUCCCAAGGUGGCCGAGGGAGAGGACUACUUGGUUGAUCACUCCAUCUUCUUCUACCUGAUGUCGCCCGAGGGUGAGUUCGUGGACUGCUAUGCCAAGGACCACACAGCGGAGCAUGUAUCUAAGAGCGUAAAGGAGCACAUCCUUGACUAUAUCCAGAAAGGUGGCAAGGUCUCUAAGGAGCUUCCAUCGCGCCAAGCUCAAACAUCGUCCUAG